GGAAGAAUAGCGCCUCAGUUCCGACCGAGUCCGAUCGUGGACUGUCAGUCUUAUCAUGGCUGGAGCUGGAGGUGACAAGCCUUUCGCCAAGGCCGGCCCAAGCCCUUUAUCUCGGGUUUUGAGAAUCAGUCAGCUGGAUGCUUUUGAACUGGAUGGUGCACUGGAACAGCUUGUUUGGUCACAGUUCACCCAAUGUUUCCAGCAUUUCAAGCCUGGGCUCUUAACCCCUGUGGAACCAGAACUCAAGGCCCUUCUCCAGCUCCUUUUGUGGAGGUUCACAGUCUACUCUAACAGUGCCACCGUGGGCCAAUCACUGCUCAAUAUCCGGUACAAGAACGCUCUUAUCCCGGGACAGAAGUACCGGCCCAUGAGCCGGCCACAGAAGUUUUGGUUCGCUCUGCUGACGGUCGGCGAAAAGUGGCUAAGUGAACGCUCCCAUAGCUUGUUCCUCAACCACCCUGCAGAAUCCAACGCACGCAAGGCCCGCAAGGUACUCAGCAUCUUGAUGGGCCUUACCAAAGUGGCCAGCCUGGUCAACUUCCUACUGUUCCUCCAAAGAGGAACCUAUCCAACACUUACCGAAAGGUUGCUGGGAGUACAGCCUGUCUUCAGGGGACCCCAGGGACCACGAGACAUCAACUUCCAGUUCUUGAACCGGGAGCUUUUGUGGCACGGCUUUGCCGAGUUCCUCAUCUUCCUGCUGCCUCUCAUAAAUGUGUGGAAGCUGAAGGCCAGUGUCGCCGCUCUGUUUUCCCCUCUGAAGGAACUGAGAGGAACGGAAGGUUCGGAGGAGACCCACUGCACUGAGUGUGCCGUCUGCGGGGAGUGGCCCACAAUGCCCCAUUCAGCCGGCUGCAAACACGUGUUCUGCUACUACUGCCUCAAGAGCCACACGAUCGCUGACAUCUGCUUUACCUGCCCCAAAUGUGGCGUAGAGACUGGAACGAUAGAGCCAGUCAGGCUUCAUGUAGGAACAGAGUUGCAUCAGAGUUGAGACUUUGCCUCAAACAGCCUUCUGAUUGACUUGGGAUACACAUACGGCAGGAGAACUUGAGACCAAGUUGAACGUUUCAGUCUUUCACAGAGAUUGGUUGAUGAAAGCAUGUGCCUUCUUCUGAAACGAGAGCAUUUGUUGCCAUGAAAUAUGCAGAAUUUUGUACAAAGAGACAAAGUUAAUGAUGUAAAAUUCUAAAACAACAUCAUUUGUGUCGCUAAUUUAUUCAGCCUCAUUAAAGUUUGAUAGAAACUGU